AAGAAUAUUUUAAUGUACUGAUAUGUCAUUUCCAAUUUUUCUUGUCAAGUGUGUUAAAUUACAUUUGAAAGUGAACUAAAUAGCAACAUUUAAAAUCAAUACAAAUUGUUUAUUACAAAAUUUCUUGUCCUAAAGUGUUAUCCUGAAAUAUAUCAGUAGAAUUUGAAAAAAAAAAUUAACAUACAUAUGUCAGGAUUUUAUUUAUUUAUUUAUACUUCAUAUUUUUUUCUUUCCCAUCCGCCUCAAAAAUGUUUUGCCCACAUUUUCACUGAACAAAGCUUCCAGCCCUUCAGACCAAGGUCCAUUUCUAUGGUUAUUUAAUAAUUUCUUUAAUCUGACAGAUCAUUUGAUUAUUAAUACGGUUAAAUAGAAUGGAAGGGAAGGGAAGGGAAGGGAAGGGAAUAGAAUAGAAUAGAAUAGAAUAGAAUAGAAUAGAAUAGAAUAGAAUAGAAUAGAAUAGAAUAGAAUAGAAUAGAAUAGAAUAGAAAGGGACCUUGGAGGUCUUCUAGUCCAGAGGCCUGCUUAAGCAGGACAACCUAUACCAUCUCAGAAAAGUGACUGUCUAGUCUCUAACUGCAGGCCAUGCACAGGUCUGUAAAUGGCUUCCAUCUACUGCGCCUCCAUAUGGACACCAACGCACCAACAUGCUGUGUGUGCAUGGAACCUAACAUUUCAUUCCCGCUGCAAGUUUACCAAAAUACCACUAGAGGGAAGCCGAUUGCAAGGAAUAUGUUUGACUCGUCCGGAGUGGGCAAAGUUCUUCAAACUUCCCAUCUCCUCCGAUUGCUCCUGGGGUACGUAUUUCCGUUCCUCUGACGCUUGGCCGAAACCGAGCUCCAAUAUGCAUCUCCCUCUGCGAUGGAUUCUAUGACUAAGAGAACAUUCUGCGGUGUCGUAGCGCCAUAAGACAGCGCAAAGUUGGUGUCUUAUUGCGAAUACCUACGUAACUUUCUUUCGCCUCUAGCGGGAUCUGAUUUCUGGAUUCCAAAAGGAACAGAAAACAAAGUGAUGGGAACAAUUUUGAAGGGAAAGGAGGAAAAAAAAUAACGGAUCUUGCGCUUCCUAGAUGGAAGACGUUUGAAUCCCUCCGUGGACCAAAUGAAGGACUUAGUUGCAUUGUGCAAUUCAGGCCCCUUCGCUUAGCAGCGAGCAGCAAAGCAGCGGCAGCAUCCCUGGAGGAUAAUAACAGGACCGACGCCGAAGGAGUCGAGGGCGGGGACUGAGAGGUUGUCCUGGGGGUUAGUGAGCCCAGGAAGGACAGAAAGACCCUAAACCUGCCACCAACAGAACUUGCCCGGGAUUUGGGAUCAGGCUAAACUCGUUGUCACCAGGAUCCACGCAACAAACGAGGAUUAGAGCAACUGAUCGGUCACGACACCCCCAACCCCUCCCCCACCGUUGUAUCUUCAGCACCAUCGUCGUGAGGAAUAUUUGGAAGAUGCGUGAGACCCAGCGGGUGGAAGCUGCUCCAGCCUUGGCCGUACACAACAGGGAACGGCGGUGGGAGAACGAGGUAGCCGCCGCUCAGUAGAAGGACCUGCGGAGGAAGGCAGCCCGCCGAGCCCCGAAGAAGAGAACGCUGGCUUUUCAGCGCCCGCCUGCCGGCCCUUGGCUCUGACGCUGCCCUCGCUUCCAACACGGAGGUGCCGAAAAAGCGCCGCGCUUUGAAGAGCCGUGUCCCAUCGCGCUUGCUGACAGCCAGGCAGCCCGAAGAGAAGAGAGCAGGUGCUGCUGACCUUCUCUGGCGGGAGGGCAGCGUCCCCCUCGCUCGGCCCGGGCUUCCGUUCGCUGGCGGAGGUUGCCAAGAGGCCAAGGAGCGGCUCGCGCCUCUUCUGUGGGGCACGGCGGGCGGCUACGAGGGGAGCGCGCGGAGCGGCUGGCAGCCCCCGCCCACCCCAGGGAGCCAUUGCCCGCCUGCCGGUGAGGAAAGCGGACAGAAGAGAGAGUCGCGUUCCCAAUCCCCGCCCUCCGCUCGGCGGUUCUCGCUGACAGGCUCUGGGCGGGCUGAGCUCGGCGGCCCCUGCUCCGGUUGCCAUGUGCUGGGGCUGCCGCCUCUCCCGCGGCCUCCCUCGCUGGUCUAAAUGCUCCUAGGGGCGUCCUGGCUGUGCUCCUCCAAGGCUGCCGCUGCAGAGAAGCGAGCAGCCGAGGAGAGGCGGAAGCGGCGAGCGGCUUCGGCGGCGGCGGGAGGCGGCUUCAGCGGGGGCAACGGUGAGGGACCGCCGCCCGCCGCCGGAGGGGCCAUGGACGAGUCGUCGUUGCUGGACUUGUUGGAGUGUUCCGUGUGCCUGGAGCGCCUGGACACGACGGCCAAGGUGCUCCCCUGCCAGCACACCUUCUGCCGCCGCUGCCUGGAGAGCAUUGUCAGCUCCCGCCACGAGCUGCGCUGCCCCGAGUGCCGCAUCCUGGUGGGCUGCGGCGUCGACGAGCUGCCCGCCAACAUCCUGCUCGUUCGCCUGCUGGACGGCAUUCGGCAGAGACCCCGCGUUGGCGCUGGAAGCGGGUGCUGCGGGGGUGGCAACUGCGGCCCCGGCAGUCCCAAAUCCCCGAGCAACGCUGGCCUUUCAGGCGGCGACAGCGGGGACAACCCUACCGCCGCUGGAGCAGGAGGUGGAGGAAACAGCGUGGUCCCCCCUGUUAAGCCUGGUUGUCAAUCCGCGGCCGUGGCCACCACGUCCAGCGGCUCCCCGAGUGUGGCCGCUGCAGCUGCUUCAGCUGCCGCCAGUCUGCGGGAACUCGCUGCUGCCAGCCGGAGCGCCUUGCUUAAGAACCCCACUCAGCUUCCCUAUGGAAAAGCUCUUUAUGCCUACGAAGGGAAAGAACCUGGUGACCUCAAAUUUAACAAAGGGGACCUUAUUAUAUUGCGCCGAAAAGUAGAUGAGAAUUGGUAUCAUGGGGAACUGAAUGGAAAUCAUGGCUUUUUCCCAGCAAGCUACAUCCAGUGUAUCAAGCCUCUUCCACCAGCUCCUCCACAAGGCAAAGCACUUUAUGACUUUGAAAUAAAGGACAAAGAUCAAGACAAAGACUGUUUGACUUUUACCAAGGAUGAAAUUUUGACUGUCAUCCGAAGAGUAGAUGAUAAUUGGGCGGAAGGAAUGCUGGGUGAUAAAAUUGGAAUAUUCCCUAUUCUGUAUGUGGAGCUCAAUGAAUCAGCUAAGCAGCUUAUUGAGAUGGACAAGACCAAUGUAGCUGCUGCAUCUGGCAGUGAUGUCCCUUUGCCAGUUGACACUAACCUGGCAGUAAGCACAGUCCAGUGCUGUACACUGAACAGUGCUGGAGCAGUCAGUGCCAUUCAACGACAUAUUGAUGGCAAGAAGAAUGCCAAGAAGCGCCACUCCUUCACUGCUCUCAGUAUGACUCACAAGUCGUCCCAGGCCUUGAAUAAUAGGCAUUCCAUGGAGAUUAGUGCUCCUGUCCUGAUAAGUUCAAGUGACCCCCGUGCUGCAGCCAGAAUUGGAGAUGUGGCUCAUCUCUCCACCAGUGCACCAGUCCAGGUAAACUCUUAAUGAACCACAAUAUUCAGUCAACAAUGGGAGAGACCAGAUAGAACUGACUUCUUUAUGUGCUUUGGCUAUUAAAUUACAGUAGAGGAAUUGGGUGGCAGAAGUCC